AUGAGGCCACCUCAUUCAAUUUGUUAUCCGGAAAGAAGGGUUCCCCUUAUCUUCGAAGUUACUCAAAAUUGUUAUCUGGUAUAAUGAAAAACUAUAAAAAGGGAGAUCUGUCAGUACCAAGACCGCAAGAUUUCAACCGUCAAAUUGCAUCUCAUCACAUCUCCAUGCACAGUCACAAGUACAGUUACAGGUACUCUCCUUCCCUGCUCUCACUUUCUGAGCAUGAAUUCCCUGCAAAUUUAGUGGCUUCUUAACACUGAAAACCAAAAAACCAUUGCUCAAUGGCCAUAUUAUCGAAUGAAAUCUCGUGUUACCGUCUCCCCUUCAGUACCCACAUAAAACCGACCACCCUCUAUUCUCAUCGCAGCUGCAUAGUUUAUUACAGGAACCCUGAACUGGAUGGCCCCAACAUCAGAAACCGACUUAGUUUUAGGGCUUCUGCUGAAACAAGGACAACCCAUUACCAGUCACUUGAUAUUAAGGAGACCCAUCUCAUGAAACUCCUUAAUAGAUCUUGCAAAGCUGGGAAAUACAAUGAAUCACUGUAUUUCCUUGAGUGCAUGAUAAAUAAAGGUUACAAGCCAGAUGUGAUUCUUUGUACGAAGCUUAUCAAAGGUUUCUUCAAUUCGAGAAAAGGAGAAAAAGCGGUGAGGGUCAUGGAAAUCUUGGAAUCACAUGGAGAACCUGACGCAUUUGCUUAUAAUGCACUCAUCAGUGGAUUCUGUAAGAUGAAUCGUAUCGACAGUGCAACCAAGGUAUUGGACAGGAUGAAGAUCCGAGGCUGUUUGCCUGAUGUGGUCACUUAUAAUAUAUUGAUAGGGAGUCUUUGCGGUAGAGGGAAGUUAAGAUUGGCUCUGAAGGUAUUUGAUCAAUUACUCAAAGAUAGUUGUCACCCAACUGUGAUUACUUACACAAUCCUGAUAGAGGCAACCAUUGUUGAAGGUGGCACUAAUGAUGCAAUGAAGCUUUUGGAAGAAAUGCUGUCAAAAGGGCUUCGACCUGACAUGUAUACUUACAAUGCAAUUAUCAGGGGAAUGUGCAGAGAAGGGAUGGUGGAUCGAGCUUUUGAAUUUAUUAGGAGUUUACCCUCUCAGGGUUGUGAACCAGAUGUUGUAUCAUACAACAUUUUGUUACGGGCAUUCUUGACUCAGGGAAGAUGGGAUGAUGGGGAGAAACUGGUGGCCGGGAUGAUCUCCAGGGGUUGUGAGCCAAAUUUGAUCACUUACAGUAUCUUGAUCACUUCACUUUGUCAUGAAGGGAAAGUUGAGCAGGCACUCGAGGUAUUGAAGGUUAUGUUGACACGGGGUUUUACUCCUGACACUUACAGUUAUGAUCCACUUAUCUCUGCAUUCUGCAAAGAGGGAAGGUUGGAUUUGACACUUGAGCUCUUGGAGUGCAUGAUCUCCAAUGGCUGUGCCCCUGAUAUUGUCAACUACAAUACAAUAAUGGCAGCUCUGUGUAAGAGUGGAAAUGCAGAUCAGGCUUUGGAGAUAUUCGAGGAGCUUGGUAGAGCAGGUUGUCCUCCAAAUGUGAGUUCAUACAACACAAUGAUCAGUGGAUUGUGGAACAAUGGGGCAAGAUUGAAGGCUUUGGAGAUGGUUUCAGAAAUGAUAAGCAAAGGUAUGGAGCCUGAUGAAAUUACUUAUAACUCACUGAUAUCAUGCUUGUGCAGGGAAGGUAUGGUAGAUGAAGCUAUGGGCCUGUUGGAGGACAUGGAGGGUAGUGGUUUUCGCCCCACAGUCAUCAGCUAUAAUACUGUGCUCCUUGGAUUGUGCAAGGCCCAUAGAAUUGACAAUGCCAUUGAUUUAUUGGUGGUAAUGGUGAAGAAAGGUUGUAGGCCAAAUGAAACCACUUGCAUCCUACUGAUUGAAGGCAUAGCCUAUGCUGGAUGGAGAGGAGAAGCUAUGGAGUUGGCAAAUGCACUUUUUUCUAGGGAAGUUAUCUCUAUUGAUGCUGUCAAACGGUUAAACAGGAUAUUUCCCAUGCUCAACGUGUACAAAGAUCUCACACAAUUAGAAAGCAAGAAAUAGUAAGUCCUUGUUGUUAUGGACUUAUGGUCCACAUUUGCUCACCCCAAUUCUUUAAGGGUUGGUGGUGCUUCCAUUAUUUCUCAUUCUUUCCUCUAUAAAGGUAGAGAGGGCUGCAAGUCAGGGUGCCUGAUUUGAAGAACUUCAACUUAUCUGGCUCUGGUUAGGGUUCAGGCUCUUGAAAAUCUAACAAAAUUGGAACCCAAUUUGCACCCCUUAAAGGGGUGUGUGUGAUUCAUAUAAGUUACCAGGGAGAUUUAAUCAGCUCUUCCAUGAUGAAACUUGUAUCACAGGAGCAGGUGGAUUAGCAAAUAUUAAGAUUUUCCCCAAGGCUGGGGCUAUGUUAUCCUAAAUUCCAGGUUGCCUUCUGAAAUUAGCAAAACCUCAAGGAAAUUGGCCGCAGUUGAGGAAAGAAUAAUUAUGUUCAAUGCAUCAGUCGAUCUAUCUUGGCCUUGCGCAGAAGUUCCUGAAAAAUCCUUGAUUUCUAAAGAUAACAAAGGAGGAAUAAUACAUUAUAUGAAUACAGUGUUGGGAUGGAACUGAACACCAUUAGUCUGAAAGAAAGCCCCACCUAAUUAAGCAGCAAAGUUGUAAACCCAAAGGAACCACUCCACUCAUUAAUCCAUUUCUCCCACUUGAGAUCUUUUUGGAGCCAUCUGUAUGUGUAUCAUGCAAAAUCUGUAUUAAACUGUGUUUUCUAUAUUCAUGGAAAGUUUUCUUUGAGCUGUGA